UGGUGGCUCAGCAGGGAUACCCCUGCACCCAGGGUCAGCGCAGGAGCCCAGCUGCUGCGCCAUGCUGGGCCCCGGAGAGCCUGCAUCGAGCCUGACGCCUGCCCCCAGAUAGUCAUGAACAGCCACAGCCACAAUGGCAGUGUGGGGCAGCCGCUGGGCAGUGUGCCGGCAGCCUUGGGCCGAGACCCCGUGGACCCUGAGGCCGGCUGUGCCCCCCAGGCCCUGCACAGCCCGGGUCUGCAGGUGGUUGUGGUCAAGAGCGAGUUGGCCCAGCCCUGUUCCCAGGGGCAGCCCAAGGAGGAGGAGGAAGAGGAGGACAAUGAGGAGGAGGAUGAGGCAGGUGGGCAGGGACAUUCAGGGAAGCCUCCUAAUGCAGGCCACCGCCUGGGCCACCGGCGGGCCCUAUUUGAGAAGCGGAAGCGACUCAGUGACUACGCACUCAUCUUUGGCAUGUUUGGCAUCGUUGUCAUGGUGACUGAGACGGAGCUGUCCUGGGGCGUCUACACCAAGGAGUCCCUGUACUCGUUUGCACUGAAAUGCCUCAUCAGUUUCUCCACCAUCAUCCUGCUGGGCCUUGUUGUCCUGUACCAUGCCCGCGAGAUCCAGCUGUUCAUGGUAGACAAUGGUGCGGACGACUGGCGUAUCGCGAUGACGUGCGAGAGGGUGCUGCUGAUCUCGCUGGAGCUGGUGGUGUGCGCUGUGCACCCGGUGCCUGGCCACUAUCGCUUCACGUGGACGGCACGGCUGGCCUUCACGUAUGCACCGUCGGAGGCCGAGGCGGACGUGGACGUGCUGCUGUCCAUUCCCAUGUUCCUGCGUCUCUACCUGCUGGGCCGUGUCAUGUUGCUCCACAGCAAGAUCUUCACGGAUGCCUCCAGCCGCAGCAUCGGUGCACUCAACAAGGUUACUUUCAACACCCGCUUCGUCAUGAAGACGCUCAUGACCAUCUGCCCGGGCACUGUGCUGCUUGUCUUCAGCAUCUCGUCCUGGGUUGUUGCCGCCUGGACCGUGCGUGUCUGCGAGAGGUACCAUGACAAGCAAGAGGUGACCAGCAACUUCUUGGGCGCCAUGUGGCUCAUCUCUAUCACCUUCCUCUCCAUCGGCUACGGUGACAUGGUGCCCCACACCUACUGUGGGAAGGGUGUGUGUCUGCUCACUGGCAUCAUGGGAGCCGGCUGCACAGCGCUGGUAGUGGCUGUGGUGGCCCGGAAGCUGGAGCUCACCAAGGCUGAGAAACACGUGCACAACUUUAUGAUGGAUACACAGCUCAACAAGCGGGUAAAAAAUGCCGCUGCUAACGUUCUCAGGGAGACGUGGCUCAUCUACAAACACACCAGGCUGGUGAAGAAGCCAGAUCACGCCCGGGUUCGGAAACACCAGCGUAAGUUCCUCCAAGCCAUCCAUCAAGCUCAGAAGCUACGAAGUGUGAAGAUGGAGCAGCGGAAGCUGAAUGACCAGGCCAACACUCUAUCCGACCUGGCCAAGACUCAGAGCGUCAUGUACGACCUGGUAGCUGAGCUGCAUGCCCAGCACGAGGACCUGGAAAGCCGCCUGGCUGCCCUGGAGACCCGCCUGGACGCGCUGGCCGCCUCCCUUCAGGCUCUGCCUGGUCUCAUCGCCCAAGCCAUACGUCCACCACCACCACCCCUGCCACCCCGGCCUGGCCCUGGGCCCCUGACCCCAGCUGCCUGGAGUCCCUCAAGCCGGCGGCCGCCUGCGACCCCCUCAGACUGCGGGUGACAGUCCUGCCCACUACCAGACCCCAAGUCUUGGUCAUC